CGCACACACAAUCACGGGUAAAUUUUAGCAGCUCGGAUAUAUUAAAAGCAGAGAUGAACCCUAUUUUAAUCUGCAGAAGACUCCUCCAGUCAUCCGACGUGGACUCCUCCGACGGCAUUGAUCCGUACACGUCAAUCACCGCCGCCGUUCGACGCCCCUUCGACACCACCGCCCCCUUUAACUCCUCCAUGGCGUUAACGAUCCUCGUCCUCCUCACCGUCCUCUUCUUCAUCUUCUUCUUCUCCAUCUACAUCCGCCGCUUCGCCGCCGAUGACCCCCCUCCCCCUCCCCCUCCCCUCUCGUGCGGCAACCGCAAGGGCGGCCUCGACGCCACCGCCGUCGAUUCCCUCCCCCUCGUCGCCUACGGCGGCGCCGCCGCGGAUCGCCCGAUGAUCGACGACUGCCCGAUUUGCCUGAGCGAGUUCCGUGAGAGGGAGGCGGUUAAGUUGAUCCCUUACUGCGGUCACGUGUUCCACCCGGGGUGCAUUGACACGUGGCUGGCGUCGCACGUGACCUGCCCCCUGUGUCGGUCUGCCCAGCUCUUUAAGAGCGUUGAGGAGUUGUGUUUGGAUGUGACGGGCGACCGUGUGAUUGGUGAGAGAUCUACGGUGGAGGGAGAUGACACGUGUACGAUCGAUGGAGCGGCGGCGACGUGUACAUGCCCUCAUUCGUGUAAUCGGACGGUGUUAGAGAGAGGCACAAGUAUUUGACGGUUGUAGUUAAUUAGUUUAUGUUUUUAAUUGUUUUUUGUCUUUUUAAAGAAAAAAAUAAUUACCUCUUUCGACCAAUUAAUCGACGAUUUUCCGAUUACAAAAUCAUAAAUUUAAUUU